GAAUUAUUAUCUACUUUCCUCACUAUUAUUUCAGCAUUGUCUUCUUCUCUUCAGCUUCAUCUAAUAUUUCUCUCUAAUCAGUAUAUAUUUAUAACGAAGGUUAGUAUUGUUAAUACAGGGAGAAUGAAGAAGCAGAUAACUAAUGUGAACGAGUAUGAGGGUAUUGCAAAGGAAAAACUGCCAAAGAUGGUUUAUGAUUACUAUGCAUCCGGGGCAGAGGAUCAGUGGACUUUGAAAGAGAACCGAAAUGCAUUCUCAAGGAUUCUGUUGAGACCACGCAUUCUUGUAGAUGUAAGCAAUGUAGACAUGACAACAAGCAUAUUGGGGUUCAAGAUUUCAAUGCCUAUCAUGAUUGCACCCACAGGCAUGCAAAAGAUGGCACACCCUCAAGGAGAAUUAGCAACAGCUAGAGCUGCAUCAGAAGCUGACACUAUUAUGACACUAUCAACAGUGAGUACUUGUAGUAUUGAGGAGGUUGCUUCAACAGGACCUGGCAUUCGUUUUUUCCAACUAUAUGUAUAUAAAGACAGGAAUAUAGCUGCACAGCUUGUGAAGCGAGCAGAAAAGGUUGGUUUUAAGGGGAUUGUACUCACUGUGGACCGUCCAUUUCUUGGUCAUAAAGAGGAUGAUAUCAAGAACAGAUUUAGAUUGCCGCCACAUUUGACACUAAAGAAUUUUGAGAAGAAUGAUGGGACUGGUGGCUCUAUUCAAAUUUCUCAUGCUCGUGGCCAAAUCGACCCGUCUCUUAACUGGAAGGAUGUGAAAUGGCUUCAAACGAUUACUUCAUUGCCAAUUCUGGUGAAGGGUGUACUUACUGCUGUAGAUGCAAGGUUAGCUAUAGAAAAUGGAGCUGCAGGAAUCAUUGUUUCCAAUCAUGGAGCUCGACAACUUGAUUAUGUACCCGCAACAAUUAUGGUUUUGGAAGAGAUAGUGGAAGCUGUAGAAGGAAGAGUUCCUGUUUUGGUGGACGGUGGAAUCCGGCGAGGGACAGAUGUGUUUAAAGCAUUGGCUCUUGGAGCAUGUGGUGUAUUUAUUGGAAGAGCAGUGGUGUUCUCAUUAGCUGUGGAUGGUGAGGCUGGUGUGAGGAAAGUGCUGAAGAUGCUUAGAGAUGAGCUUGAAAUGACAAUGGCACUCUCUGGUUGCCCUUCACUCAAAGACAUAACUCGUGACCGAAUUAAAUUUGCUUGCAGCCUAUAGAUUAUACAACAACAUUGCAUCUGCACUUGUAUGCUUCUAUUCUAUCACAAUAAUGCUGCUACCAUCCUAGUUGCCUACUUCUUCACACUUCCAAGUAUUAAGUCAUUUCUUUUUCUUAUUUCAAUACCACUUAAGAAUUUCACGAAAUAAUAAUAAUUGGUCCGACAAAGUUGUUAUGGUUGUUAAAUUCUACACUUGUACCAAAGUACUACUUUGAGUGAAUGGAUAGAUGCUGUAUUUUAUAUAUAUGUG